AUGGAACGAAAGUCUUCUGCGAGAAACAAUGGGUUGAAGCUAUCCUCUGGAACACCGGCCAUGGUCACAGUUUGCGACACAACGACUUCGGGGUGCUUCUCUGACCCCCAGAACUCUUCUAGAUGUGUCUCCGACCACACGAAGCACCAUAGCGACGGAGACUACGACCUCUUACAACAUCACAGUAUUCGCAACCGUUACCAACAUCAAAACCACCGUGAAAAAACGCAACAGUGGCAGCAGAAACAAGAAAAACAGCAGGAACACCAACAACAGCAACACCAGCAUCACAAGGAACAAAACUGUGACACGUCGCCUUUUGACAGCUUACCUAAACAACAAUUGCCACGCCCGGAAUUAUUUCAAAUCCGAAGGCAGCACGAACCUCUUCACCCAAGCCCCACACCCUCAUCUGCUCUUCUGCUAUCUCAGCAUUUUCUCUCCAGUGAUGAAGACGACUCUGUGGACGGAGAAUCCGGGGCUCAUCGGCAGCAGGCUACACACGGUGACACCAACAAUUUUCAUUACAGCUCUGGACAAAAUAACAGGAUAGAGAUAACGUGUGAAGAUCAAGAGCCCGGACGGUCAAGAUCAAAGGUCCCCGAGGAGAUUCGCUUGCGGAUCAACAGCCGGGAGCGCCAGAGGAUGCAUGACCUUAACUCUGCUCUAGACAGUCUAAGGCAGUGUGAUAUUUAG